AUGGAUUCUUCAAUGCCAACACCGGUAACCUCAGACGACUCUUCGUCGUCGUAUUCAUCUGUGGCGGCGGCGACUCUCCCCACUCUUCUUCCUAAUCAUCCUAUCAACAUCUCGGAACUGGAGUGGAGCUACCACGACUUCAUUGGGUUUGGGGGCUUUUGCGAUGUGUACAAGGCCUUCCACCCGCCGAGUGGCAACAACUAUGCUUUGAAGUUGCAGCUCACUGUAACGCUUGGAGAUGACGUGGUCCGCCAACAUUUCAAUCGCGAGAUCGAGCUACUUCCAAACCUUGACCACCCCAACAUCAUCAAAUUCUUUGGCUACAUGAUAGAUGACGAGGACGAUUUCCGUACCCAACUGCUCCUUGAGUAUAUGGACCUCGGCUCCCUUGAACUGAAACACUUCCCAAACGAAGCCUAUCUCUCUGCCGUGGCCAAACAGAUUCUUUCAGGUCUUAAUUACCUCCACACUCGCGGAAUUGUUCAUCUUGAUAUCAAGCCUGCCAAUCUCCUCCUCAACUCUCAAGGCCGGGUAAAGAUAGCUGAUUUCGGAACUUGGAAAAUCCUCAACUACAAAUCUAUGGAAACCUGCAAACUCUCCCCCGGAACGGCGGAAUACAUGAGCCCUGAGAGGAUCCACGACCUCCUCUUGAAACAGGGGCUGCCUGAAGCGCAUGCAUAUGCAGGGGAUAUAUGGAGCCUUGGGUUGAGCAUCUGGGAGUUAUACGUGGGGAAGUAUCCAUUAGGUGACCACUUAAAAGGAAAUUUGGCAGCUGUCAAGAGCGCUAUUUCUGAGUGGGAGUUGAUGCCUCUAGUGAUGCUGAUGCCGGACACGACUUCGCUAGAGUUGAGAAAUUUCAUUGCCCGUUGCUUGGAGAUACAUCCUGAGAAUAGGUUGAGGGCCGGGGAUCUGUUGGGCCACCCCUUCAUUUCCAAGUACCAAACCAACCAGCCUCUCAUCUGA